AUUCUACAACUGUAAAAUAUACACUAACUGACUGAUAAGCAAUGCGAGGAAUGUCACAAAAUAAUGAAGUGAUUUAUUAUUAAUUCGCUAAUUAGGAAUAUUAUAUGUUGUCAUUAUGGUGGAAGCAGCUGGAUGUGGUGAACUGCAACAGUUGGUUCAAGAGGAAGAAAGUGAAGAACCGCUUAGCCAUGGUGGAGAAGCUACGCCUCCGUCGACACCAGCCAGAUCUCAACGUCCGAGUAAAACUGAAGCACACAAUUCUAACGUAUCGCAACAAGUAUUAUGGGAAAGCAACACACAAAUAUCACCGAUUAUUAGUAAAGGCAGCUCUGGUCAAGGAACAAGUCAAGGUUCCAUGGUUUCCGGCCGGGCAGCCAAUACUUCAAGUUACACAGGCAACCAGUCUCGAUUGACGUAUCUCAAUGAGAAGGAAAAACAAAGGCCGAGUCGACCAGAUCCACCAAGAAUUGUGAGGCAGCACAAAGCUAUGGUGCCAUGCAAACACCAUUGCUUUCUGUCAGAGGUCCCCGAUGUUCGCCACAUGGAGCAGGCCUUGCUGCAAUUAUUGGAAGACUUUCACAGCGGCAAUUUGCGAGCAUUUGGAAAAGACUGCAGUAUGGAGCAGAUGACAGAGAUACGCGAACAGCAAGAGCGUUUAGCAAGAUUACAUUUUGAACUCGGCCAACGACAGGAAGUAGGCGGUGAGCAGUCAGGUCUUCGACAGUCGAGCGCAAAUAUGCGGCAUUUGCUUCAUCGUCUUCAACAGCUAAGUGUUUGUAUAGAAAAAUUACAUAGCAAAUAAUGAUUAGCUGAUUCGAAGAUAGUAUAUUGUUACAAAUUCUUUAUAUAUAUAUAUGGUAUGUGGGAGAAUAUAUGAUUAUAUUGUUUCGUACACAAUUUUUA